CAUUCUUUUGUAGUGUUGACAAUUCUUUAAACAAAUUGAUUGGUAUCUUGAGUGGAAAUGAACCUGAGUUACAAUUGGAAGCUGUAUGGUGUGUAGCUAAUAUCUCUGCUGGUGAACAUGAACAUACUAAGCUUGUUUCCAAGAUGGCUGCUCCCUACCUUAUUACUUAUCUGAGUGGACAAAAUCCCAAGUUACAGGAUCAGUGUGCCUGGGCACUGGGUAACAUGGCUGGAGAUGAAGGAGAAUGCAGAGACACAUUGUUAUCACAAGGUAUCUUACAACCAUUGGUCAAUUUACUGAAGUCUACAGACCAAAUGUAGUACAAUCAGCUGCUUUUGCUUUGUCUAACUUGGCGAGGGGACAAGGAGCUAACACUAGCAUCCUGAUGGAGGCAGGCAUUGUGCCAUUAUUACUGAAGCAUUUAGUCAUUACAAAAGACAAUAUGGCAGUCUUAUCUGAAGUUGCUUGGGUCUUGACAUACCUCGCUGCAAGAAAGGAACAUGAACCUGCAUUAGUUUCUGAAGGUAUUAUUCCUAAACUAGUUGAUUUACUGGUACAAUUAUCAAAACAGAAGCCACAUCAUGCACAGGCUGUAACUCCAUUGCUUCGUUGUCUUGGUAACAUAUGCAGUGGUCCCGAUGAAUACAGUGCUAUGGCAACAGAAAAUGGAACAUUAAUGCCAGCAUUACAUCUGUAUUUGAACUCAGACCACAGACAUAUUAAAAAAGAAACAUUAUGGGUGCUAACCAAUAUGACAGGUUAGUUGUUGAGUACUGGAGAAUAUGAUGGGUUUAUU